AACUUAAUGACGUAACGGGACAGUUCUGCGACGAAAUGCACAUGAUGCAUUGAGCCUGGCACUGAAUAGUAUUACUAUAACUAUCAAACAAGUGACUAUCCGUUCAAUUAAAGUCGGUGCUUCAUGGCGGACGAGGCAGCCAACGUGCCCACCGACUCUUCGGUGUAUAAAGACGUUCCCAACUGGAUUUUGCAGCACCCGAAGUUUCUAGAGCUCACUCGACUGGAUGUUGGUGACAGGGCUCAAGUGCAUGCUGCAUUUCUUGUCUACAUGGAUCUCAUAGAAGUGCGCCAGUGGACGUGUGUGUCAAGCUUCACGGUUCCAGAGCUAGACGCUGUCCUUCUACAAGGCUGUGAGAAACAAAAAGAAACACAAUAUGUGCUUGCACUGCCCGCUCACAGAAAAGUUUGUCACAGAGAUGUGCGGAGUGUGCUGAGGAAAUGUGGUCACAUGCUGUUGUGUGCAGUAGCAUCGGACUCCACUCUUGUGUACCAGAGACUGACCAGUGGCCUGGUGACUCCAGACCCUCCAGUUGACAUCAAGGAUCAGGGUCGUCGACAGCACCGCAAGCGGAGGAAACAAACUUAGUGGGAUCACUGACUUGGUUCAGUAAGGUGUUGGAGUCUUGGGAACUGUUGGGGUGGCUGUAAUUAACAAUCUUCCAUGUAUAACCAAGGCAUGGGUUGGUUUGAAAAGAGGCCUUCAGAAAUAACAAGAACACCACGAGGCAUUACAAAUGUUCAAGACCAAAUAAACACAAAGGUUGAGAUGUCUAUUCCUCUUGGUUGUUGCCUGUUUGUCAGUAGGAUACAAUAUUGCAGUACUCGAUUGAUCGAUGGGAUUAACUUCUGAGAAUUAUUGGCCAUAGAUCAUCAUUGGCCAGUGACACAAAUCACAAAGCUGCAGAUAGCCAAACAUACAAAACAGGUGUUUGUCUUCAUAAUGACCAUGUUGUCAAAUGUUUGCUCAUUUUCAACCUUUCAAUAAAAUCAUGAUGGAUUUCCA